UGUUGUUAGGUUAAAAAUUGGGUUAAGUGUUUUUUGGAAAUGUUAUACAAAUGUUUUAUCAUAUAAAUAUUUCAUGAUUGGAGUGAUAAAUUAACAAAUGUAACCUGAUGGUUUUAAAUCGAAUUUAUUGAAAUUUAAUCAUUUUAGAGCAAUGUGGAAUUAAAUGACAAAAAAUUGGUUUUUCGUUUCGUUUUGGUUUAGUAGAUGAUGUCCGGCGAAGAGUGGGAUAAUGUUGAUGAUCCAGAUUCAACAAUUCAAGACUCAAGAAGUAACAACGUGGCCAAAAAGUCGAAUCAAAGCAUAGCUAGCAAGAUGUUUUCUUACGUUAAUUCUUUUUUCUUCGUCGGCAUCAUAUUUACUAUUCUAGUUGCCCUACAAAGCUCACCUCCAAAAAUAUCAAAACCACCAAUUGCACGACCUUUCUUUAAUCAAAGUUCGAUAGUCACGGAUUUUUAUAAAGGACAUUUAAAUGCAUUGAUCGAAAGGAUAAUGGAUUCAGAUUUUAGUUUUAUAAUGUACUAUGCACCUUGGGAUGCCGAAAGUCAGAAUUUAAGGGCAGAAUUAGAAACUGUAUCUAAAUAUUAUCAUUCUCAGAUAUUCUUUGCUGCAAUUAAUUGUUGGCAUCCAGGAUCUGAGUGCAGAGCUCAAGUAAACAAAAUUCAAAGCUAUCCAGUUCUAAUGCUGUAUCCAUCGAGACAUUCAGGAAUUCCUUAUAAAGGCAUUAGAACAGCUCCCUAUAUGAUACAAUUCCUUGAUUCAGUUAUGAAACCAAUUAUUAGAAUAACUGAUAAAAUUCAAUUAGAUAACCUUCUUCUUGAGAAAGAUGCUGUAGUUUUGGGUUUUUUUAAUUUUACUGGAGUAUCCAAAAGUCCAGGAUAUAAAGAAUUUUAUUUAGCGGCAGUGAGAUCACUUGAAAGAGAUCCAAAUCAAGAAAUUAUUUACGCUGCCAUCACAGAUCCUAAAAUAGCCGAAUUAAAUUACAGUGUUGUUAGAUUUCCACAUGCAAAAUUAUUUAUGUGGAAUGAAUCUAUAAGUUAUCCGGAAAAUAAUAAAUGGACGACAGAUAAUUUAUUAAUAUGGAGCGGAAAGGAAAUGCAUCGUGUUACUCUUUGGUUACAACCACCAGGAAGUAAAUCAUUAACAUUUGCACCUUACCUUUGGGAUGGUCCAGUGCUUUUUCUCUUCACGCCUAGAAAUCCUCUACAUAAAGAAAAUUAUAAUUACAAUCUAAUGAAAGAAAUAGUACUAAAAUAUUAUAACUGUGCUGAUAAUAUUGUGGCUAAUAAAUUAGUCAAAGGCUUAAGGGAAAAACGACUUGAAGCCAGUAUAAGACAUCAUAGUAAAAAUAAACAAUGUUCUAAACUUUUAAAAGACUUAAAUAAUCAAAAUUCCAUUCCAGCAGUUAGUGUUUCGAUUCAAAAUUGGAUCAAUGACACUUGCUGCGCACAAGUAGUUAUGAACAAAUGUUUACUGUGCAAGAAAAAAGACUUUAUUGAACAAGUUGAUGAGUCUAUGUGCAAUAUUCCUUUAAAAGAAAUGAAUGAAGUUUGUUUUGAGAAAGAUAUAUUCACUGUUUCUUCUAAAUUGCCAAAUCAUAAUGAAUAUGAAUUAUGUUGCAAGAAAUACAACAAUAAAAAUAUUGCGAAAGAUGUACUAAUUUCAAGUGAUAAUUUGAAUGAAAACGAUCCAUAUUCGGCAGUGGAGAUUCAAAAAUUUUUCUACAAAGAACAAUGUCGGUUAUUAAUGAUUGGAAAUAAAUAUUAUCGUUCGAUAUUUCCAAAAAAUGAUAAAGAGGAAGAAAAUAUUAAUUUAACAACAUCAAUUUGUGAAGUUAAUAAAACUCUCUCAUUUAUUGCCGUCGAUAGUCUUUAUUACUUUCACUUUGCAGAAGGACUUGGAGUCGAUAUUUCAAAUCGGAAAGACAAAACAGCAGUUGUAAUUUUAGAUCCCAAGGAAGAGAGUCAGUAUGUUCUGAAGGAGGAACUUUCGUUAUAUUCAUUGACACAAUUUAUCAAUAAUUAUACAGAAGGAUUUUUACAACGAACAUUGCGUUCUGAUAAAUCUCGACGAUUUGCUCACUCUUAUAAAAAGGGUACGGAGUUUAAAAUUAUUAAGAAAUCGACGAUUCAUGUACCUGAAUUGACGACGGAGAAUUUUCUAGAAACUGUUUUGGAUUCUAAGAAGGACGUCGUAGUGUUCUAUUAUUCUCCUUAUUGCGGUUUUUGUAGCGCAGUCGCGUAUACGUACUUAAAUGUAGCUAAUUAUUUAUCAAAAAUGGAUCAUCUUAUUCUUGUCAGAGUCGAUGGUGACAAUAAUGAUUUGUCAUGGGAAUAUAGUAUGGAUCGAUAUCCAUCGAUACUUUUCUUUCCAGCGAAAAGAAAAGAAGAUAGCACAGUAUUUCCUUUCACUUUACCAGUGACUAUAGCGAAUCUUUUGAAUUUUGUCUUAGCCAAUUUGGAAGGCGAUUCUCAUGUGGAAGCUUUGAUUAAUAUUUGUCAUAUUGGAGCUGGUGAAUCGCAUAAGGAUUGUGUGAUUAGAAUACGUUGGCUUUGCUUAGAUAUAAUUGAUGAUCUUUUACGCCAAUAUAGACAAUUGCGAAGGCAUGAUUCAUCAUUAUUGGAAAAAAGAAUUGCCAACAAAAAGUGGAGACUGAUUUUGCUCAAGUUAAAUCAUAUUAAAAGUGUUCAUUUAAUUUUGGAAUCUACUGACAAUUUGGUUAAAGACAUAGAGAAAGUGAAAAUAAUUCAAAAUAAAUUUAAACAUUAUUAUAGAAUUCUUUCACAAUUAAAUAGAAAUAUUAAAGAAUCGAAUAAAACUCAAAUUCGAAUUAAACGUAAUUUUUCGAAAGAUGAGUUGUGAUAUUUAACAUAGCUGUAAAAUCAAUUGAUAUUUUUUUUCUCAUUAACUAUUUCAACUUUAAAGAAAUUGUACAGAUUUAUAUCAAUAGAAAAGAAAAUAACCUCAUAGUCCUCCAGAGACUGAAUAAGCAAAAUAAUUUAUAUUUUGCGAAAAAUAUAAUCUCUCACAAAGGUGCUGAAGUGUAACGAAUUAAUAAUUGUAUUAUAAAAAAAAGUGAGAUGUAAAUUAUGUACAAAUUUGUCACAUUCGUUAGACAAAAUAUUGUUCAAAUAUUGUAGGAUAUUUGUUGAAAAGAAAAGUUAAUGAAAAUCAAAAUUAUUAGUCUGUGAGCAAUAAAUUUUGAGGCCAACACAAAAA